AUGUGGACUGACUGGCUCUACGGCUUUGGAGGCCUCUUGCUCCUCAUCACUCUGAUUAGCUACAUCUUCAAGCGCGGAAAGUAUCAAUCAGUGGAGAGUCUUCAUGUGUGCAUACCAGGAGGAAGCAGCGGAAUAGGCUUGGCAGUGGCGAAACGAUGUGCUGCUGACGGAGCGAAGCGAGUCACCAUUAUUGCUCGGCGAAUGGAGGUUCUCGAGAAGGCCGCGAAGGAGAUAAAGGAAGUAAACCCGGCAUGCGAUGUGGCUCUAGUGAGCUGUGACAUCACUGAUCCGAAAAAGGUGGACCAAAUCACUCGGAUCAGGUUUGUGAAGGACAUAGAUGCUGACGAGAUAGAUUGGCUCAUCAACUGUGCUGGGAUGUCCCUCCCGGGUCUGGCAGAGGAGACCUCAGUCAAAGACAUCAUGGCUGAGCUCAAUGUCAACUACCUUGGUUCGGUGUUCAUGGCACGCAAAGUGCUGCCGUCCAUGAAAGAAAAGGGUCGGGGUCGCAUCGCGUUUGUCAGCAGUCAAGCUGCCCAAAUAGGAGUAUAUGGCUAUGCGAGCUACUCUGGAUCUAAAUUCGCCAUCCGAGGGUAUGCCGAGACCCUCAGGCAGGAGACUGAGGUCCACAAUGUGCAGGUAUCUAUAAUAUACCCACCAGACACGAGAACGCCAGGCUUUGAACAUGAGAAUACUCGGAAGCCUGAGAUCACCAAGCUCAUUUCGUCGACGAGCGGCUUAGUCGAGCCAGACACCGUAGCAGAGGCGCUUGUACACGGGGUAUCUAGAGGGGACUUCAAUAUCUGGUGCGGCUUUGAAGGUUUAGGCUUGUCGCAGAUCUCGGCAGGUAUGACCCCACCGAACUCCCUCCUGCAUGGGGUCUUCCAAGCGCUCGGUGCGAGCCUGCUGAAGCUCAUAUCAUUCCUCGUCGUCAUGCAAUUAGACUGGGCUGUUGGUGCAAUGAGAAGCAGCCUUACAAGAGGCCUGUCACCAAAUAUCGUUUGGAGGCGGAGGCCUGGACCGACUCUGAAGGGGAGGGGGAGGCUGUGGACGGCGAGGAUCGCUUUGGAGGGCAGAAGGCUAAGGAGAGACUACAGGCAGGGCUUGGCGACUCAACACAGUGCAGGAGGAGGGGGAGGGAGGAAGUCUGUCGAGGAUUCGGAGAGAUUAAAGCAAGCCACUGAGGGAUACUGCGUCCAGACUAAGGCAUUGCUCCGUAGGAGUAUUGCUGCUACUGAUGUAGUAGUAGCUGAUAUGAUCCGAGCCAAGAAGGAUGCUGGUCGUCAUAAGGCCAAGAGCGAGCAGCUCGAGCGGACGGUCUACAAGCUAGACGCUAUGCUCAAGCAGAGCCACACUCGCCAUUACAGACAGCCUCAAACUAAGGUGCUUCUCAAGGGGUGGAUCCUCAGACAGAAACAUACAGUCUCCUCUGCUGUUGUUCGCUGCUGGUCCGUGUUCACGCGCCAAGCUAUCACCAAGAGGGUCGUGGCCGAGGCGAGGAUAAGGAGGAACCGACGCUUGGCGAGGGGCCGGGCAGCGUUGCAGGCUUGGAGGGGGCACGCUGGUCAAGUACCAGAGAAGAUGCCCCAUGUCGAGGCGCCCAGCACUACCCAGGUUGCGCUUGAGGAGGAGAUAGUGCUGCUGAAGGCGACUAGGGACCAGCUGGAAGCGGAUAAAGCGGGACUGCGAGUUGAAUGCGAACGUACAUCGAAAGCCCUUCGGGACCGGGAUGAUAGGCUGAGGGAGAUGCAGGAGGCGGGCAUUGGCGAUUCCGCUAUCGCGUCUGAGCUGACAGCUGAGAAGGCGCGAACAGCGGCGUUACAGGCUCGGCUGGAGGAGGCCGUUGCCAGAGUGGCCCAGUUCCAGUCUAUGCUCGAGAGGAACGAGGGUCGGGCCGGAACGACGGAAGAGCUCAGCUCGGGGGAGGGCGAGCUCCCUGACGGCACUUUUGAGGCGGCAGAGCUACGCGCUAGGGUCGAGGAGCUGGAGCUCAAGCUGAGGGAAGCUGAAGAUGGAUACCUCGAAAGGGAUGCUGCCGGGAGAGCAGGCGGGGACAUGACGGAAGGGCCUCCCGUGCAGGAAGAGAUGAUGCGGUUGCAGUUGACCGAGCUGGAGGAGGAGCGGGAUCGAUAUCUUCGCAUGAAUGAGGUAUCGAGGGCUGAGCCCCUGUAUGAGAAAAGGAUGGGAACAUCCCGUAACGCUACCUCCUGCAUGGAUCCUUGGCCUCAGAGCUUGAUUGCUGAGAAGGCAGUGGUGGAUGAGGAGCUUGAGAGGGUUCGAGCAGAGAUGAGGGGUCUGGUGGAGACCAACGAGGAGCUCCGCAAGGCCGCUGAGGGAUUGCAGGCUAGGGAAACCAAGCUGACCGAGGAGCUCGUCUCGAAGAAUGAGGCGGAGGUACAGCAGACGAAGUUAGUGGAAACGCUAGAGAAAGAAACGGCUAAGCUCCGAAAAGAACUGGAAGUCGCUGAGGAGGAGGGCAAGAUGCGUGCAGAGGCUCUAAAAAGUGAGAGGGAUGGGCUGGUGGCGAGAGUAAAAGGUUUGGAAGUCCAGCUUAAGGGGUAUGCAGCGGAGGAGGAGUCCAAUCGUCUGGAGGUGAAGAGAGUGGUGGAAGAGACUGACAAGUUGAAGGCGUUACUGGAGGAGGCUCGGAUGGAAAUCACCCGGCAUGAAAAGGAAGCCAGCGAGAGCUCGGAGUGUAUGGCUGAAAUAGCGAAGGAAAAGCAGAGACUUGGAAGUGAAAAAGCGGCACUUGAGAAGGAGGUUGAGGAGAUGAGAGGUCGUUUGGAGGAGGCGGAGGAACAACUUGAAAAAGCCCAGGAGGUCGUGGAACGCGCUAAGGAGGAAAGUGAUGGCAUGGUGGAGUCGAUGCGAACCAAGCUUGAGGAGGAACAUGCCCGAGUGGCCGAAGGCAUGGCAGAAGCCCAUCGUGAGAAGGUUGCUGCUAUGUCUGCUACUAUAGAUACACUACAAGCUAAGAUACGAGACGUAGAAGUUGCAGAGGACGCCCGAGGGAGGGCUGACAAGAGAGAAAGUGAACUUGAGAGGGAAGCGGAGGAGCUCAGGAGGAACUUUAGUGACCGCGAGGGGGAGUUGGAGGAGAAGAUUGCGGAGAUGUCUGCCCGGCUGGAGGCGGUACAGGAAGAGCUAGAGAUGAGAGGCACUGCCUUAUCCACUGCAGAGGAAAGGUUAGAAGAACAUAUAGGUCUGCUUGGUGAGGCGAGGCAGGAGCUGUCCAUGGCGAAGACUGAGCAGACUACGAUGGAAGACUGUGCACGGAAGACAUCCGAGGAUCUACAACAGUCACUGGUUCGGAUGGAGGAGGCUGAGAGGAAGGUGUUGGAGCUCGAGACGAUUUUGAAGCGGAUUGAAAUUGAGAAGGCUCAAUUGUUGCAAGAAAAUACAACUAUGGGAGAACGCAUUGAGGCGUUUGAGGGAACUGCGACUGAUGGAGAGGCUUUGACCUCGCAGCUCAAUGAUGCAAAAGGUGAGCUGGAAAAUCUCCAGACUGAAAAUCAUGAGCUGGUGGAGAGAGUGAAGGAGUUGGAAACGGUGAAGUCGACCUUGGCUGAUGAUAUGUGGAAGCAGGAGGUAUGCGUGAAGGAAGCUGAGACGGGCAGACAGGCCGCCGAGGUCGCCACACGCAAGGCCGAACAGGAGUUGGUUAUUUUGAAGGCUCAACUGGAGCAGAUGGCGACGAGAGUGGAAGAAGGAACGGCCGCACUAGAGAGCUCUAAGGAGAAAUGCGAUGAGCUGGAGAGGUCUUUGAAGGAGACCGUAACGUCUGACGAAAAUCGGGAAUCAGAGCUGUCCCAGGAAUGCACACGCCUCACUGAAGCCAUGGCCGAGAUGGAAGGCAAGAUGGCGGAGGCGACCACGCUUGCAGAGGCAAGGUUGGGCGAAAUUACAAGCCUGCAGGAGACGGUUGACAAAUUGCAUACAGACGUACAACGUAAAGAAGAUGAAAAGGAAGAUCUUGAGAGGAGCACUAACGACUUACGAUUUGCAAUGGAGGAGAAGGAACUGGCUCUAGAGACCCUGCGAGAUGCGAUGAGUACCGAUGCAAUCGACCGCAGUAAGCUGGAAGCUGAGCAGAAGGCAUGGACUAUCAGCCAGGAGGAGCGACGUGCCCAGCUAGACGAAGCCCGAGGGGAGAUAGAGGCUCUCAGGAACCAAACUGAAAUUGAUGGAUCUCUUCGUGAAGAAGUCGCGGAGCUGCACAGCGAAGCAAGGGCUGUACAGGAACUCAUUGCCAGUCUGAAGCAACAGCUCGAGGCAGCUCAGGAUGAGAUCUCUAGGCUCAAUACAGAGCUGGAGGAGACGAAGGCCUCAGUAGAGGCGAGAGUAGAGGAAGCACGGACGUCCUCUGAGGAGCAGGGAGAAAAGUAUCUGGCCACCAUUCGAGAACUUGAAGCGGAGAAGCGCGAGGUCGAGGAUGUGGCCAAGCAGAGGGAGGCGGAGAUUUCGAGGCUCGAAGAGCUUCUGAAGGCAGCUGAGCGGACCUCUGGGGAUCUCAACAGCUCAUUGGAGAGUCUGCAGACCCGGUUGGCUGAGGCGGAUGAACGGGAGAAAGCGAAUUAUGCCAGGCUGGAAGCGUCGAAGCAGGAAUGUGAAGGCCUUCAGCGAACUAUAGCAGAAUUGGAAGCUUCAAAGUUGGCCGAGGAAGCUGGUCGUCGUGGCGGUGAAGUCGAGGGAAAAGGAGAACAAUUGAGAGUGUUGGAGGAGCUGCUGGCGGAGAGGGAGCGCGAAUUGGAGGAGCGAGAGGCCGCCUUGGUUGCGGUCGAGAUGGAGGGAAACACUAUGGAGGAAGUAGACAAGAUUGAUGGCGGAAAUGACCCUGAAGGAGGGGGUGAGUCGGAGCUGGAUAUCCAACUACGUGUUGCCGAGACCGAGCAUAAGCUGCUGAUGAAGCUAGAGGAGACCGAGAAGGAUCUAGCCGAGGAAAAGACGGCCAGUUCGGCGCUGACCAAUCGAAUACAUGAGCUGGAAGCGAGAGAGACAGAGCUUGUACGCCAACUGGAGGAACAGAAAGUCUCUCGCGCGGAGUUCGAAAAACGGGCGGCUGAAGUGGAUCAGCUUGUCGGGGAGCGUCAGGCGCUGGUGGCGAGGAUAGAGGACAUAGAGGCCACGGCAGGUCCGGCUGCGGCCCAGGGAUCGAUAGUACAGAGAAGUGAGCAGUCGCUGGUAGCUGGGCGUGGUGACUCAGACUUGUCAAGGUCUCGAGUUACUCCUGGUACCCUGGCCUUCUAUCCCAACAAUCUCUCGUCGUAUCUUACCCUAUCACUAGACGGUAUGAGAGUUGAGUAUGACUGUGAUACUGCAGCUAAGGACGAGGCCAUGUGCGGUGUUGUCAUGACUGAUCGGCCUCUGCCUUAUGAUACCUCCUUUGGGUAUUACUUCGAAGUCACCAUUGAAGCAGGCGCUGUAGAGUCGUCGAGGUAUUCAGAUGGUCUCACAGUUGGCGUGACGACGACACGACCUGAGGAGGUACGCGGUGGAUCCAAUGCACCAUCAUCUUGUGAUGAGAUUCCUGAUACGUGGGCAGUUGGAUUCGACGGCCAAGUGUGGGAUCCGAUACUCAACGACUGGGCUACUUGUGAUUGGAGUGGCAAGGAUCUCAGAGCAGGUCAGAAGGUCGGUCUCCUAGUCUCGAAGUCUCCAGUGGACCAACUUUUCAUCCUCGUUGAUGGUGCCGUAGUGGCUGAUGGCCCACGGAACAUCCCUACUGGAAAGCCUCUCUAUGGUGUUGUGGAUCUCAUAGGGAGUACGAGCGCUGUGCUUCUCUCCGAUCCUGAGACGACCCCACUGCCUCCAGCAGCGCUUGACCUAGUCCCUAAGACUGUACCAUUUGCAGGGCGGUCAGAGAGUGGCCGCACUGCCUUUAGACUCCCUUCUCGCCAAACAAGGUAUCGGAACGAGAGUAAGAGAGGUGCGCCGGCAUCGGUGGCAGGAGGAUCGGUUGCUGGUGACAGAGUAGCAUUCGAAAUGCCUUCCUUCCACGAAAGCAAGAGCUUCCUGGCUCCAUCGGUGUCGAGUGUUGGGUCCAAGUUCGCAUUACCCAGUCGCAAAACAGCUUCUAAACUCCACACGUCUUCGGCUCAUAGUAAGGCCAACUGA